AUGGCUGCUGUUCCAAGCGUGCAAUGCUUCGGCAAGAAGAAGACAGCUACCGCUGUUGCCCACUGCAAGCAAGGCAAAGGGCUCAUCAAAGUGAACGGCCAACCGAUCUCGCUUGUCCAACCAGAAAUCCUUAGAUUCAAGGUCUACGAACCCCUCCUCAUCGUCGGCCUCGAUAAGUUCGCCAAUGUCGAUAUCCGCGUCCGCGUUACCGGUGGUGGUCAUACCUCCCAGAUCUACGCCAUCAGACAAGCCAUCGCCAAGUCCUUAGUCGCCUACUACCAGAAAUUCGUUGACGAGCACUCCAAGAACCAGCUCAAGCAGGCUUUCGUUCAAUUUGACAGAACCCUCCUUGUUGCCGAUAACAGACGGGCCGAACCCAAGAAGUUCGGCGGUCCAGGUGCCCGUUCUCGUUUCCAGAAAUCUUACCGUUAA